AUGUCUCAACCUCAGUCAAGACCCGACGGCAAAAGGUCUGCGCCGCCGCCGCCGCCACCACCACCACCGUCUCCGCCGGGGCCUCGUGCACCAGCUAUCGACAAAUGUGACACGGUCUCCAAUGUGAAACGUGAAUCACCCGGCUCUCCUUUGGAAGAUCAGUCGAGAACAAAGGAAACCUCCAAUCAGUUCAUAUGCAACGACGUGAUCAUGUUCUCGUGGGCAGGAGAUCGCCCAGAGGCCACAGACUUUGACUUCCCACGGGACGACAAAAAGGGGGCCGUUACGCUUCGCCAGAUAGUGACUCACUACGCCGGAGUCGCCCAGUCACGCAGAAUCGCUGCUGAAAGGUUAUACAUGAUCCUUGGCCGCCUGAGAUGUCUCAACUAUGCGAUCAUACGGUACAAUGACGGAUUGGUCUGCCAAUCCCAAAGCUUUCAUCAGUACUGGCGACGGCAUACCCUAAGCUUGCUCUCUGGGUUCGGAUUCCGGCCCAGUGAAGAUCCAGAAGCGAUUGAAGUCAUCGGGCUGACCGAGUUGAUUGAUGCCGUGGAAGACAUUUACAGCACAGCUACACAAGCUGCCCGAGAGUUGAUUCGAAAUGGGCAGAUGUCGUUUGAUGGCCUGGGAGAGCUCUUUCGACCAGACGUGGCCGUCAAGUGCACCUCAGUCCCCGGGUGCGGACCCUGCGUGUACAGAGUCACGGACUCGUUCUACGAGGAACGUCGAUCACUCUUUGGGUCGCAGAGAGUUUUCAACGUGACGAUGGAAGUGGUUGUUCUAGUAGGCAACCACUUCUCCGUGGCUGCGUUCUCAGAAAGUUUUACUGCUUGGAAUGGAGCACACUGCCGCAGUCUCGCCGACUUCCCCUAUCGUCCUGUGGCUCACAGUGAAAUGGAAAUGUUCAAUGCCCGUGGACAGAAGGCUGUCCAAUUCGGUCUGGGAGGCGCAAAGUACCUUGCUUACGCGGCAAGCUCCUUCUAUGUUCACCCAAGUCGGCCUCGAGAUAGAUCGCAGGGCAUGUCACAAGCCACCAACAGUUCCUUGUCUCACCUAGGAGGACGAGUCAUGAUCGAUAUGGCUCGGGGCUCCUUGCUGGGUCACUAUCCGUGCCAAGGAGUCGAAGAGGCUACUUUGUCCAUCAUCCAACUGGCAGGACGUUACAGACAAUGGCUCUCGAAGCGCUCCCGCGUCGACAGUCUCGAGGUAGAGGAGCUGAUUCUGUGGGACUCGGUGCCGUCCGAAUUUACCGUCUUCUGCUGGCCCGCCCUGGUCGGCUUCAGCUUCAGCAUCAAGGCGUGGGGCCAUGUUUUGGUGGAGGGUCUUGCCCCCAUCUCCUUCCAAGACAACGCAUUUGAUCAUCUGGUGUUGAAGCAGGAGCGAAAGGAUUUGAUCCGUGCCGUAGUCCGUCACGGCACCACUUUCCAAGCAACAGACACAGACGUGAUUGGGGGCAAGCAAGGUGGACAAAUCUUCCUUCUUCAUGGACCUCCCGGCGUUGGGAAGACUUUGACAGCUGAAGCGAUCGCAGAGGUACUUCAUCGCCCACUGUACUAUGUGACCAUGGGUGAACUUGGUGUGACCCCAGAAGAUCUUGAGCGGAGAUUAUCCGACGUCCUCGAGCUCUGUGCAGAGUGGGACGCAUUAGCCGUGCUUGACGAGGCCGAUGUGUUUUUGGAGACCCGGUCCACCUCCGAUCUGAUCCGCAAUGCCAUGGUUUGCGUGAUGCUGCGCAUUCUCGAAUAUCAUCCCGGUAUCCUAUUCCUCACUACGAACCGUGUCCGCAUGAUCGAUCCAGCAUUUGAGAGUCGAAUCACCGUUGCUCUUCGCUACCAGGCUCUUGAUCAAGAAGCCCGGAUGCAAAUUUGGAGAGAUCAAGUGGGCAGGCUGGGCGUUGAAUCCCACGGGGACAUCAACUUUGAACGAUUAGCAGAAGCACCACUGAACGGAAGGCAGAUCAAGAAUGCUGCUCGCUUGGCAUUGAGCUUGGCAGCCGACAAGGACAGUCAGUUGACCGAGAGAUUGCUUCUGGAUACGGUGGAUGUCAUCUCACUCGGACACCGAAAUAUCCUAGCGGAUGAUACAUGGGAUGCUAGGAAAUGA